CCGACAUCGGAGGAAUCGAUUUUUCAGGAUCCGCACGUCACCACUUGGCGGGAGUCACCACUUGGCGGGAGCGACGGCUGAGUUUUGACAAGUUGCCUUUUCCGACGAAAUUUGAUGCAUUCUGGAACUUCGGGCAUAAUUAAAAAAAGCCCAUCUCAAAUAAACCUUGAAAAUAGUUUCAGCAUGGCAGUCAGGCAAGAUACACAGUUGGAGAAAGUGAUUGAAGAUGUGUUGAAGAGUGGAAGACUUGAGGAACUGGACGGACACCUGCAAAACAUAUUUAGUGACGCAAAACCGGUCGAAUGCUCCAAAAACUUUGUAUCAAAGUUGGACAAACUGAUGCGCAUGGCUUUAGACCGUUAUGAUUAUAAAGCCGCCACUGUGUGCCUAAAUAUAAUUGGUGAACAUGGGAAACAUCUGCACAUCACUGGCUGUGGUCCAGGGCUGAGUGGAAUCAUAACUCAAGGCUUGGUUAAGAAGAUGGUGCAGUGGUUUGAGAAAUGCAGAAACCUCUGGAUAAAUAGUGGCCCAUGCUGGAACGAAACCAUGCUCUGCCUUUGUGAAGAUUUCUCAGACACUUUACUGGAGGUACAUGGAGCAUGCGAUGAAGGAACAAGUGAAGUCACAGAGUCCUUCUUGUAUUUGCUCGGCCACUUGGCAGUAGAUACCAGAAUUCAUAUCCUGAUCCGAAAAUAUGUGUUGCGCAAGUUUAAUAUAAUUCUGGACAAAAUCCCAGCAGCACUGAAAAAGAAGAAAAUCUCGUCAUGGGAAGAAGCAUCAGAUAUAAUGCUCAAGCUCGCUGCUCAGAUGUUAGAUUGUGGAGACUAUGACUUUCAGACUGCCCAGACGGAGUCGUUGUGCAGGAUGACGUCUCCUAACCAUAGGAAGGAGCUGGCAGAUGAGUGGUUCAGCAUUGGCCAUGUGGCCGCUGCCUUCAUGAAGAUUCGCAACUCAGAGUUUGAGAUUGAUUGCCGGAAGUUCCUUAACUUGGUAAAUGGGAUGCAGGGAGACAGGAGGAGAGUUUACUCCUAUCCGUGUUUGAAGACUUUUCUGGACCACCAUGAGUUGUUAAUGCCAGAGGAUGACAAUCUUGAAGAAUUCUGGAUCGAUUUCAACGUCGGCAGUCGCAGCAUUUCAUUUUACUUCAGUUUGGCUCAGAGUGGACAAUGGGAUACAUUCACUGUCAUUGAGAAUGAGGUGGAAAGCUAUACUGUUUAUGAGAAGGGUCAAAGGAAGGUCUUACAAAUUAGGCUGUCUGUGGUGGUGCAUUUGGGUUCGGUGGAAGGAUCGAGUCUUUCCAUUCACUUCUGCUCAACAUUAGACAUCCAGCAGGCCGUGUGUAGAGUCUUUGGGGAAAAUAAACGAAAGAGUUUCAUUGCCCAGAACAAAUCAGUAGUGAAAACUGACAUAUGCAUUCAAAUGGUAGAAGACGGCUCUCAGACGGUGGCUGUCGUCCCCGAGAGUCCAAUGUCUCAUGGCGAAAGUCAGAAUAAUUCAUCUCCAUAUCGCCUUGACAGAACACAGUUGAACACAUCUGAACAGUGCAACGCAUCACAACAGUCGUUGAUCAACACAGGCGACAAAUACAAAACGAAUGUUCCUGUCCAAAUGGGCCGAGCUGAACUGCUGACUCAACAUUCUCAGGAUUGUGUCAUACGUGACACUCAGCCAAACACUGGAAAAAACACAUCCAUGAGAUGCAGGAGACAGUCAAUCUCUGAAACGAUAUCGAAGCCAACACAGAAAAUGAGCUCACUGCCAACACUGGACUUUGCUUCUGCAUCUACAAACUCUAUUACUAUGGAGGCUGAAAAACAGGCCAAUGAAAGUCUACAGAAGCAAACCAGAGACUGCAAAAGUAAAGAGAAGAAUCAGACGCAUGCAGUUGCUGGCAACAUGGUCAAGAUAAUCUCAAAAAAACAAAAAGCUGUGAGUCCUCUUCCUGCGACCAGACCAGUCUCAAAUACAACUUGGUUGUCUACCUUCAAAGUAAGUGAGCAAUGUGGAAGACGAAGCAUAAAUAAAUCCAGAGAAAGCUUUGCGAAAGAAAGAGAUGACGUUUUCACCUUCAAGUCUGAGGGGAGGAGAACGUCUGUCAGCAAUUCCAUGGCUUUACCAAACAGUGACCGUCACAAGAAAGGACCCCAGCCAAAGAAGAAUAUUAACAAGAAUUUGAAAGGGCAUUUAUUUAGUAGCUCAAAUACAGAUCAUUCCUUGGAUGUCAGAUGGCUGAAGGAACCGAAUAAGAAGCAGUGUGUUGCCACAUAUUCCCGAAAGUUGCCCAUCAAGUCGGCCUCUCAUAUAACUGCUGACCCUCAGGACAGACCCCAAGUAUCCCCCAAACUGGAGACAGCGGACUCGAAGAAGCCAGCGCAGCAGCCAAACAAGCGUGUGAAGUCUGCAGCAGCUGUUGAAACACAGCACAACACCAGUCGGAGACCCCAGAGAGCUGCAGCCAGUUGCAUCAAGAACUACAGAGAGACUGACACGGAUGACAGCCAAUCAGCAUCAGAAUGCUCAGUGGAUGAGGAGACAUUCAGAUUCAGCCGGAGGAGAAAGACAAAGAAACCCAUCUCUCCCAGCAGCCCACCAGAGACAGUGAUGGAUUCUCCUGUUUCCAAGAAAUAUUGCGUUGAUCAGCCGAUGAAUGGGGUGAAAAACUGGGAGGGCGAACGCAGAGAGUGGACAUUGGACAGCAGAAAACAAAGUGAUAGUGAAAGUUGCCAGAAAACGCUUUACUCCAAUGAGGAUAUGACUCAGCUUCAAUCCCUUGAAUCAGGACCGUGCCCUGGACUGUUCACCUCCAGUGACUCAGAGGCAGAAGAGAUACAGGAAAGCAAGUUCAAAUCCGAAGCAAGUAGCAAACUGCGAGUAAAACCAAGAAAGCUGUUCAAUUAUGUAGAUAACAAGCUGUCUGUCGAAUCCGAGAAGGGCCAGGUGGUGUCUGCAGGAGUUGAUGGGGAAGAUGACGGUUAUUCAUUUCAGGGUGAUGUGGAUGUGUCUGAUGUCUCUGUAAAGCCACAGAACCUUUUCCAGCAACCCAACCUUGAAACCAAGAAGCUCCAGAUGAUGGAGCUUUACCACCAGCAGUCACUUAAGAUAGUCCAGCAACAUGUGUCCUCCAUCAGUAUGCUGAUUCACAAAGACAGAAUUCAAAGGCUUGACGAAUUCCGGCAGAUUCUUCAAGGGGAGAUCCAAAACCUGGAGGAAAAUGACUUGACUCUGAAAACCAUGGAGAAAGACCUAAAUACAUACUUGAAGACACAGUCGACAUCAUUUCGCUCUUAUAAUGAGCGAGAAAAAAAGAGCAAUGAAACCUUGAAAACUGUCCUCCAGGGUGCCAUGUGUCAGGCCUUGCAGGGCGAGGAGAGGAUAUUCACAACCCAGAUGGGCCUGUUAAAAAAGGAGAUGAAGUCAAUUCAGGACAGACUUAUGAUUGAGAUGGAACAGGAACAAAUUAAAUCCAUUAAGCAAGACUUGUAUGCAUCUAUUUUCUCAGAGAGCGAAAUGUAGGCAGCGCUGAGUUUUGUUGAAGGUUUUUCCUCCUGUUACUCGGAGGUCGUGUGGUGCGCUGCUGGCCUCUUCAUACCCCAGUUAAUUCACAAAUGUUUUCAUGGUGCGUUCAUUGGCGUUUUGUUCUGACCUUGAUGUGUUCUUUCAAUUUCUGAACGCGUUUAGGAGCUUGGCCCUGAACUUAAAUAACAUAUGUUACUGUACUAAUUUCAAAUGUUCUCUGAAAAUUUAUGUUUGCUUAGCUCUGAGCUUAUUUGAAUUAAUUUGAAAUGCUUUUCAGUUAACUUUAUUAAAAAUUGUUACUGUACAUAA